UGACCAUCAAUCAAAGCAGAAGAAAAUGUAUUUUCAUAAUUUUGAUACCUCACCGCUGGCACUGUUAUCUAUAUUAAAAAAAAUCCCAUUCUUCAGAAUCUAUCCUUAGCAUAAUCAAAUGCAAUAGCAUCACAAAUCAAACAUUGCCACUGCACCGCACUGCACCCUAGUCUCUGUUUUGUGCUCUGCAUCUCUCACACCACAAAAAAAAAAGCCACAAGUAAUCAACAAUAAACCUUGAUCAUAUAUAUCCAAAUUCAAAUCCUAUAUAAACAAUAGAGAUAAACUAACAACAAGUUAUCAACAAUCUCACUCAAAUGGAGGGUCAAAGGCCCCCACUUCCAGCCCACCAAGCCCACACAAAGCCCAUCUCUCGUCUCAACUCCUACGUAGAAAACACUAGACUAGGAAAAUGGUUCAAGCUCUCCCAACGCAACUCCACCUUCACCACCGAACUCCGAGCCGGAACCGCCACGUUCCUCACUAUGGCUUAUAUCCUCGCCGUCAAUGCCUCCAUUUUAACUGACUCCGGCGGAACUUGCUCUGUUUCCGAUUGCAUUCCUCUAUGUUCCAACCCUUCCGUUUCCAUCUCAAACUGUAACGGCCCGUCGUUGCACGUCAUUCAGCCAGAUAUCUCCUGCAAGUUCAACCCAGUUAACCCGGGCUACGCGGCAUGUCUCGAGAAAACGCGUAAAGACUUGAUCGUCGCCACCGUAGUUUCUUCCCUCAUUGGUUGCUUCAUAAUGGGCGCUUUUGCUAACCUUCCUUUGGGCCUCGCUCCGGGUAUGGGCUCAAACGCUUACUUCGCUUACACAGUCGUGGGCUUUCACGGUUCCGGUAGCAUCUCCUACCAAAAUGCCCUCGCCGCCGUUUUCAUCGAAGGAAUUGUCUUCUUACUCAUUUCAUCAAUCGGUCUACGAGCAAAACUCGCCAAACUCGUUCCAAAGCCCGUUAGAAUAAGCUCCUCCGCUGGAAUCGGGCUUUUUCUCGCUUUCAUUGGGCUUCAAAAUAAUCAAGGAAUCGGGCUCAUCGGGUAUAGCUCGGCCACUUUAGUCACACUCGGCGGGUGUCCAAAUUUAUCGCGGGCUUCACUCGCUCCCGUUAUAACCGCAGCUAACGGCACCGUUAGUUUACUCCCUGGCGGAACGGUUUCUGGCGAUAUAUUUUGUGUGAGCGAUAGAAUGGAAAGCCCAACUCUUUGGUUGGGUCUAGUGGGCUUCAUUAUAAUCGCCUACUGUUUAAUGAAAAACGUGAAAGGCGCAAUGAUUUACGGAAUCGUUUUCGUAACGGCCGUUUCAUGGUUUAGAGGCACUAAAGUAACGGCGUUUCCAAACAGCGAAGCGGGUAAUACGGCUCACGAGUAUUUUAAGAAGGUGGUAGACUUUCACACGAUAAAAAGCACGGCAGGGGCGUUAAGUUUCAGUAGCAUAGGAAAAGGGUUUUUUUGGGAAGCUGUUAUAACUUUCUUAUACGUUGACAUUCUCGACACUACCGGAACGUUGUACUCCAUGGCGAGGUUCGCAGGUUUCACAGACGAUGAUGGGAAUUUCGAGGGUCAAUACUUUGCGUUUAUGUCAGAUGCCACGUCGAUUGUUGCGGGGUCCUUAUUGGGAACUUCGCCAGUGACGGCGUUUAUUGAGUCUUCUACAGGGAUUAGAGAAGGUGGACGGACGGGGAUAACGGCGUUAACAGUUGCGGCUUAUUUUUUUAUGGCGUUGUUUUUUACGCCGUUGUUGGCUUCGAUUCCAUCCUGGGCAGUGGGACCACCGUUGAUAUUAGUGGGAGUUUUGAUGAUGAGAUCAGUGGUGGAAAUUGAUUGGGAAGAUAUGAAACAAGCAAUACCUGCGUUUGUGACAGUGAUACUUAUGCCUUUGACCUAUUCAAUUGCUUAUGGGCUUAUUGGUGGGAUUGGAACUUACAUUGUUUUGAACAUUUGGGAUUGGGGAUUUCAAAUUUUGGGGCACUUUGGGAUUGGAAGUACAACAAUAAAGGAACCUUCUCAUUCUUCGCAGGUCAACGGGGUGGUUCAAAAUCAACAACCUUCGCAAAAUCCAAAUGCUAAAGCACUACAAGUAGAAGUACUUUAGUAAUAUAGUUUACGUAGUUCUUGUCGUAAUAAUGUGGCAUUUUCUUGUUGAUAUUUUAUUUCACAUGGUUUCAUUUUUGUGUAGGGAUUUAUUUAUUCCGGUGUGAAUACAUGCCACGUGGCUUUUCUUUGUUGCGUACUAUCAACACAAGUUUGAUUUUUCCGAGUUGAUAGAUAAUUUAAAUUAGAAACUUAUGAUGAUCGCGUCCAAAUAUGUCUCAAUCAUUAGCUCAUAGUUUGAAAAUGUUUGGAUCUAUUUGUGGUAAGACCUAAA